AAAUCAAGCGGUGCUUUACUAAAUCAAUCAAAAAAAAAACGACCUGUUCCCCUUAGUUUGUUGAGUAUGUGCUACACAGACAUUAUUUUUAUAUUUAAAUGUGAAAUUGUGUAAAAGUUCUGAAUCAGUAAAGGCGAUAUGUUUUCCGGCUGGAAGUCAAUCAACAUCAAGCAAUAUACCAAUGAAUGGGACUUUGCGUUUGCAUAUAGAAGUAUUGAUUUGGAUGAACUUAAUUGCACUCUUCCGGCCAUCAUGGAAUUUCCAAACUUCAUGCGACAAAAAAGUUGGAUAGCGACAGUAGUGUCUUUUUUCCUCACCAUGUAUCUCUUCGUCGUCCUGGCGAUUGUUUGCGACGAUUAUCUUGUGCCGGCUAUGGAACGUUUGUGCUACACUCUGCGUAUGACAUAUGAUGUUGCCGGAGCCACUUUUCUGGCUGGUGCCACUUCGGCCCCAGAACUCUUCGUAAACUUUGUGGCAACCUUUGUCACUAACGGGGACAUUGGAGUAGGCACAAUCGUUGGAUCCUCUGUUUUUAAUAUCCUGGUGAUAUCAGCUGUGUGUGGCAUCCUUACUCCACCGAGCAACUUGGAUUGGUGGCCAAUAACGAGGGACACAAUUUGGUACCUCGUGUCCAUCGCGGCCCUAACUGUUGUGUUGUGGGACUCACUGGUCAUGUGGUACGAGGCUACUGUUCUUUUAUUACUAUACUUUGCUUAUCUCAUUCAACUAAUCCUGGACCGCCGGAUCCAAAAUUUGGUUCGCAAGGCGCACAAGGAGUCGGAGCUGUUAGACGAGGACCCGAUGACGCGCGAGGAAGGACCGCUAAAAGGAUUCCGAGAGCACAUAUGCGCGAAACCGGAACGGGGUUCAAAUUGCUGCCAAAAGACCUGGUGGGGGAUCAAGUAUCCGGCGGAACUUGUGCUCGCCUGCACGAUUCCUAGUGUUAGAUUUAUCUUUUUUCUGACUAUGUUUUUGGCGGUCAUUUGGAUUUGUGUUAUAUCUUAUCUGCUUGCAUGGUUCCUAACUAUUGUUGGUUACAACCUCCACAUUCCGGACUCGGUCAUGGGGCUCACUAUACUUGCCGCUGGCACCAGUGUUCCCGAAGUUGCUUCCUCUUAUAUCGUAUCCAAAAAGGGUUAUGGCUCAAUGGCCAUAUGUAAUGCUGUUGGCUCGAACACAUUCGACAUUUUCGUAUGUCUGGGUCUGCCGUGGCUACUGAAGAGUCUUAUUCACCAGCACAGUAUCGUGAUCGAUUCCUCGGCUCUCACCAUCACCACUGCCAUGCUCGUACUUACGGCCAUUAUCGUCUAUGUGGGUUUACUCAUUAGCAAAUUUGUGUUGGGCAAGUUCGUCGGCUGGACCAGCCUAAUUUCCUAUAUAAUCUUUCUAAUCAUCGCCUGUACACUGGAGAUAUUGUUGAGCAAAGAGAAUAUGUGCGACAUUGAAGAAUCCUAAUACGUUUUAUAUAUAAUAUAAAAUAAAAAGGAGGGAUAUAAUUUAUGUCAAAAAAUUAUAAUAAAAUUUGUUUACUCUAAGCAAA